UACUUUUUUUUUGGUCUGGAAAGCUCAGGGAAAGACUCCCUGGGACUCUGAAGAGAGAGAGAGAGAGCAUUAGCCAUAAGAGCAACAAGGGCACAAGGGGAGACACUGGUACUGAGAGUUUGAGGCUCUUCACGUCGCCGGAGAAGAUUAACCAUCAAGGCCGCACGGUUCUCCCUAAAAGCAAACGCCAUGGACUCCGAUUUCUGGGCUUCUAGGUUUCACUCCGCAAAGCAACUCACUGCGAUGCAAGCUGCCAGGCUUAACUCUGAAAACCAUUUGAGCUUGGAUGAUUAUGAAGGAGAUGACGACAUAAGGGCUUGCUUUCCCUGCCCCUUCUGUUAUGUGGAAAUAGAAGUUCCGGUGCUUUGUGCCCAUCUACAAGAAGAGCAUUGCUUUGAUGUAAAAAAUGCGGUAUGCCCUGUAUGUGCUUCCAAUUUAGGCAAGGAUAUGAUUGGACAUUUUACAGUGCAACAUGCGCAUUUGUUAAAGAGGAGGAGAAAAUCUCAAAGAUCAGGCGUAUGGACUAGUAGUUCAUCAAUGCUUGGAAAAGAACUACGAGAACUGAGCUCCUUUCUUGGUGCCGCUUCUAAAAAUGGUAGGGGAAGCGCAAUUGACUCCACACCUGAUCCACUGCUCUCACCAUUUCUAUGCAGUAUUGUUCUUCCAGACACCGAAGAUGGUCAAGAUACACACUCCAAAAAUGAUCUGCCAACUUCAUCUGACAUGAAAAGGCAAGGCCUGUUUUGGGGAAAAAAAAUGUUCAAUACUUGUGGAUGGAGAGACCCCAAAGUCUUCUGCCUCCAUGUCAAGCUUCAGCCCAACGGAGUUCACCAAGUGACAAAUAAAACUUUGAAAAUCUAGGGACUGCAGAAGGGUGCAUGGAUAUAUAUGGAGGGCAGUAAAAUACUAGGACGGAUGGACAUGCAUGGGGGUUAUUUUGAUUGAAUUUGAGUCUUAUAUUUGACAUGUGGCUAAUCCAGAAGGUCUACAACUGAUCCAAUGGUCAGUUGGCCAAAACCAAUUGUCCAUGGACCGUGAUGGGUUUUUCCCUUGUUAUAAUUAUUAUGACUUUACUUCUGCAGUUUAACUUUGAUGCCAUAUGCUCCUGCAAAAAAGAUAAAUUAUGGACUGUGAACUACUGGUAUUUUGGCUCUACUGAGUAGUAAAAUGUUAAUUUUGGAGUAUAUGCCACCCACAUAGAAAAUUGAGAGUUAUCUACAUAUUUUGGAACUUUAAAUCAACUAAAUCAGUAGAGAAACUUAUACUAAAAGAAAAGGAGUUUUGGGAAUAGAGAUUCACCCAUGAUAUGCUUAUUUCGUGAAUAUGAAGUUUGCCUGCGAAAAAAAUUGAGUUGCUAUAAAUAGGUUGUACACAUGGUGAAUCAUACUCUUAGAGUAUCCAGAACACAUUCAAACCCCUAUGCUGUACUUCUAAAGUCACCUUGAUUUGAUUGUCUGUUUAUAUCUGUUAUUUCAGUAGGCAAGAUUCUAAGAAUUUGUUGUAGUGGUUUAAAUGUUCGUUAGAAUCAUAUGGUUAAGUGAAUUUUGGAAAUUUUGUUGCUUCCCCAUCAGUAUCAAGAAAAUAUUAUUUAGAGAGAGAGAGAGAGAGAGAGAGAUGAUCCUCACAUUAAGACAACAGAGGAAAGACAAAGAAAUAGAAAAAUUACAGGGGAAAAUGAUCCCUUGAUGCAAUAAAAACUCUACUUCUAGCUGCACACCAAAUUUUUGGAAAUGCCAUUUGUGUCAUAUUCCAACCAGUGUAUUUAUUAUAUGCAGUUUAUAUGAUGAUGGCAUGUCAUUUUAUCCAUUAGCUCAAAAGAACCAUAUCGAAUAUAUUUUGGUUGGAUUGGUCUAAAGUGAGAAUGUGAAAACGUACAUAUAAAAAUUGAUCAGAUUCCUAUGGAGUUGGAUGUGCACCUAACAGUUCAGACUCUUGGGGAAGUAUGGGACCCCGUCAAUGAAUACAACAUGGAGAAAGUAUGGUAAUCUGAAAGAGGAUUGGUAUUAGGCUGAUUUGUGAUAGUCCAGCUUCUGGAGAGAGAGCUUCUACUCAUGUGUCUACUGGUCAAUGGUAUAAAGCUUUGUUAAGGUCAAAGCAGUCCAAGAAAACCUAUGUAGGAAUACCAAUCAGCGUUAGCCAUCUGAAUCAUACCCUUUUCAUUGGAUGUGGAGGAUAAUGGAGAAAGCUUCAAUAAAGCAGAAGUUAUUCCACCACAUUAAAAUCGUUUACAGAAGACUGUUGAGUUCUCAAAUUAAUUGCAAAACAUUGCACUGAUUUGUAAUCAGAAGUGGAGUUUCCGGUUUUGUUUAUGCAAUUGAUAUGGGAAAAGUUAAUGAUCACAUAAAGCAGGGAUUUUAUGUACUUAGUCAGGGAGAUUAGGUAUUCACAUGAGAUCGAGAAAUUGGAUGCAUGCAGCUAUUAUUUGGGCUUGCUGUCCUUGCCAUUGGGUGCCUCUUAGUUUCCCGCUAGUUGCAGAAAUUUUUAGCAGACUUGUAGCAAAAGCUGAGGGAGGGGAUUUACUGGAGUGAUGCAGACACAUAAAUCGAUGGAAGAUGACUUUCUGGUGGUAUGUGUCGGAUCUAAAAGAUCAUAGAAGGAAGAUAGAGAUCAGUGGAUAAUCAAAGGACUAUUUGAUGCAGCAGCAUUUCCGUGGAUUGGCUUGAACCUGUUUGUAAGGUUAGACCAGGAUGAACCAGGUCAAAUUGGGUUUUGGAUUCAGUAGUAUAUUUAGGGAUUUAUUUGCUUAUUUUGGGGUAAUCUUGUAAUAUUUAUUUUUAUGAAAUAGGAUUACGUAGGAGACAGGUUUCAUUGUUUGAGGUAGUUAUCUAGUUUACUACAGUUUCUAUCCUAGGAUGGAGUU